CGCACAUUCGAGACGUUCUGGCCCGUGGUAUGUGGUGCAUCGAAGAUUGCCUGGUUCUCUCCCGCGAACGGGGAUAUCAAACCCGACACUCCGAGAGUGCGAGAGCUUCUGCGAAAGGAAUACGACAUAGAGAAGUAGUAACAGGAGAAUAUCAAGAGAUGCUUCCGGAGCCUUGGAUACCUGAGUAGCAAUCAGACAUAUUUUCGACGCUGCAAAUAUUAGGUCUUUCCAAGGUGUCAGGCGAAAGUCCAAGCUCGGUGGCCAAAGGAAGACGAGAGAUGUCAUGUGAUACAUUCGGAAAAUGCCGCCCCGCGGCUAGCGCUCUCGUUAUGGCAGGCCAACAGGAACAUCGGUUCUCAUGACUCUCCCAUGCGGCCCCAGAUGUCAACCGCGGGAACGACUGUGUUGCUGCGCACGGCUUUCAGAGUCGGACAGCAACCUCAGCUAGGGCUAUUGUCGUGUUCAAGAUGUUCUUCAAAGCUGUGUUUCUCGCGUUGCUGGCGGGCAAUGUCCUAUGCCAGCAGCAGGUCCUCCACUUGCCUGUGAUGGCCGAUCCGAAAAAGCAGGUCAUCACUCCUGAGCUUUCAGAGUUCGUGGAGAAGAUCAUGAAGGGAGGCAAUGUGCCAGGUUUGACUCUGGGUGUUGUGCACCCGGAUGGUACUAUCGAGCUUGGUGCGUUCGGGAGAAAGACAGAGGAUGACGAUGAGAUGACUGUGGACACUCUUUUCGAUAUAGCCUCGUGCUCUAAAGCGUUCCUCGCGAGCUCACUGGGCAUUCUGAUCGACGACUUCGCCCAGGGCAGGAACCAGACUCCGCUUCCGCCUGGUGUUCACAAGCUCGACUGGCACACCAAGUUGGCCCAUUUAUUCCCCGAUGACUGGGAGCUUAUGGACAAAUGGGCAUCCGAAAAGAUUACGCUUAGGGAUGCUCUGUCUCACCAGACUGGAUUACCGAGACAUGACUUCUCAUAUCAUCCGACUGACAAGCCGGUCGAUGUUAUACGCAGAAUGCGAUAUCUGAGGCCUGCCUUCGAGCUGCGCCAGCGAUAUCACUACAACAACCAGGUUCGCUCUCAGC